GCCGGAAGCCAGCGCGCCGUGGCGGCGGCGGCGCGUAGCGGCGGCGGUCGGCUUGGUGCCCUCUGGGCCGCCGGGUGGACUGGCCGCGGCAGGACCCCGCCGGGCGGCCCCGACAGAUUUAAGCCUCUUCAGCGUCUUUUGGGAGAAAAUGGCGGAGACAGCACCGGAGCCUUGCGGGCAGCUUGUUGUACACUCGGACACCCACAGUGACACUGUCCUGGCUAGUCUUGAGGAUCAGAGGAAGAAAGGCUUUCUUUGUGAUAUUACCUUAAUCGUGGAGAACGUGCAUUUCCGAGCCCACAAGGCCUUACUUGCUGCCAGUAGCGAGUAUUUCUCAAUGAUGUUUGCGGAAGAGGGGGAGAUUGGCCAGUCCAUUUAUAUGCUGGAAGGCAUGGUCGCAGACACGUUCGGUAUCCUGCUGGAAUUUAUCUAUACCGGCUAUCUACAUGCCAGUGAGAAAACUACAGAACAAAUCCUGGCUACUGCUCAGUUCUUAAAAGUCUAUGAUCUGGUAAAGGCUUACACUGACUUCCAGAAUAACGAUAGCUCCCCAAAGCCACCGGCUUUGAAUGGCACCGGUACGCCCGUGGUUGUUAUUUCUAACAAGAAGAAUGAUCCUCUGAAACGGAAACGGGGAAGGCCAAGAAAAGCCAGUAGUUUGCAGGAGGGGAAAUCAGAGCUAGCCACAGAGGGAGAGAUGCAGCUGAGAGUGAACAAUUCUGUUCAGAAUAGACAAAACUUUGCUGUCAGCGAAGGAGACGCUGUCGAAGUGAAUGAACAACUGCCAAAAGAAAAGGAAUUGGAGCCUGCCAGUGAGGCAGGUAGAGUGGAGGAGAUGCCUGCUGAAAAAGAUGAGAACUGUGACCCCAAGGCCCUGGAUGGACCAGAUAGCCAGAGUAGGUACAGCAAGCGGAGGAUUCGGAGGUCUGUCAAACUUAAAGAUUACAAACUUACUGGAGAUGAAGAGGACCAGGGUGCAGCCAAGAGGAUAUGUGGAAGAAAAAAGCACUCCAGUGGCCCCGAGGCCAGGUGUAAAGACUGCGGCAGAGUCUUUAAGUAUAAUCAUUUUUUAGCAAUCCACCAGAGACGCCACACGGGGGAACGACCCUUCAAAUGCAAUGAGUGCGGAAAGGGCUUUGCGCAGAAACACUCCUUGCAGGUCCACACCAGGAUGCAUACCGGGGAGCGGCCAUACACCUGUACCGUGUGCGGCAAGGCGCUGACCACCAAGCACUCGCUGCUGGAGCACAUGAGCCUGCACUCAGGGCAGAAGUCUUUUACCUGUGAUCAGUGUGGAAAGUAUUUCAGCCAGAAAAGACAGCUAAAGAGCCAUUAUCGAGUCCAUACAGGCCACUCACUACCAGAAUGCAACCACUGCCAUCGAAAAUUUAUGGAUGUGUCUCAGCUAAAGAAACAUCUGCGAACACACACAGGCGAGAAGCCAUUUACCUGUGAAAUCUGUGGGAAAUCCUUCACAGCAAAGAGUUCCCUUCAGACCCACAUCAGAAUCCACCGAGGAGAAAAGCCAUAUUCCUGCAGCAUCUGUGGCAAAUGCUUCUCUGACUCCAGUGCCAAGAGGAGACACUGCAUCCUGCACACGGGCAAAAAGCCUUUCUCCUGCCCUGAGUGUAGCUUACAGUUUGCUCGCUUAGACAAUUUGAAGGCUCACUUGAAAAUCCACAGCAAAGAGAAGCACGCAUCAGAUUCCAGCAGUGUUUCUGGCAGUGGUGCUGAUGAGGUCCGGAACAUUCUUCAGCUGCAGCCAUACCAACUCUCCACCUCAGGAGAACAGGAGAUUCAGCUUCUUGUAACUGAUUCUGUGCAUAACAUUAACUUCAUGUCAGGUCCCAACCAGGGGGUCAGCAUCGUAGCUGCUGAGAGCUCUCAGAACAUGGCCACGGACCCGGCUGCUAACCUCACCCUGCUCACACAGCAGCCCACACAGCUGCAGAGCCUGAUUCUCUCAGCUCAGCAGGAGCAAACAGAGCACAUUCAGAGCCUCAGCAUGAUCGGCAGCCAGAUGGAGUCCUCACAGACUGAGCCAGUGCAUGUAAUCACACUUUCCAAGGAAACACUCGAGCGUCUUCAUGCCCACCAAGAGCAAACGGAGGCACUCCAGUUAGCAGCGGGCACUGCAGAUCCAGGUCAGCACCUGCAGCUGACUCAAGAGCCGGGCCCAGCCCUCCCCACUCCGCUAGUCCAGGAGCAGAGCUGACCCCAGUGCCUGACUGUUCUGGGCCAGCAGUGACGGGAUGGCCCUUUGGGCCACCAUCUACAGAUCCUUAAAGAUGUGAUAGCUAGCCAACAAAUUAUUUAUAAUGGGCUCCAUUAGGGCAGAAUCUGUGUGUUGGCAUGUAUGCACAAUCUGUCAUUUAUAUAAUGCCAAUUCAUAUUUACAUAUUUAAGUUUAAUUUAAGUAUUGAUGAGGGUUCCACUUUCAUCAACUCCAGCUGUUAAAAAUGGGUAGUUUGGGGGAGGCAUUGAUUUAGACUCCUCUAUAAGUGUUGAAUGUCCACAGCCAUAGAAUAUGGUCUCGUUUAGAACAAAGAGCUGUGCGUAGGUUGAAUCAUCAUCAUCAGUACGGUGGUUGGUUCCGGUCUGUUAUUUCUCGUAGGCAAUAUAAUUGCCAGUCCAAGAGGAGUCACACUGACUGUGAGUGAUCACAGCAGUCAGAUUUCCCCUCUGGUAACUUCUUCCCUAAGAGCACCUCUUGACUUUAUCUUUGUGUGGUACAGUGGGCUGAUCAUGUUGCCCUGAAGGUCGAUUCAGACACACACACCAUGCUCAUGACACAAAAGCUAAAGUGUCCUUGUACAAUUUUUUAUGUUCAGUGUUCUGCAAAACAUGGGUUUAUACAUUUUUUGAAAGAUGCGGGCUGUUAAAUUUUCAGUUCAAAAGUCUGCAAAAGCUGGGGAAGGUAGCUCACACCUAUAAUCCCAGCACUCUGGGAGACAGAGGCAGGCAGAUCUCUGAGUUCAAGGCCAGCCCUGGUCUACAAAAUGAGAACAGGACAGCCAAAGCUACACAGAGAAACCCUGUCUCCAAAAAAAAAAAAAAGAAAGAAAGAAAGAAAAAGUCUCCAAAGCAUGAAACUGGAUCAAGAUACUCAUUCCAGAUAAACCAAAUUUUGUCAGAUGAUAAUACUUGAUUUUCAUGAUAAAGAAUUCCAAAUUAGCUAGAAUUUAAAAGUUUAUAAUUAAAGUCCUAAAUACACUACUGAAUUCUACUUGAUCUCAAAAUACUGGUUUAUUUGUUUGAUCUCAGAAUUUCCUAGAGGUGAAAGUGUACACUAAUCCGUGUUUAUUAAAGUCUGUGUUAAAUCCCACAGCAUACCAUUUGAUAAUGAGCGCAGGCAGGGCAGAAGUAGCCUGUAUCCAUGACUGACGACUGACUCAAAUCACCACCAAAAGACUAGGUUAUGUCUGGUUGUGUUUCUGUGAUCACUGCAGUUAGUUGAUGUUUUGACUGUCACUUCUCAGGAAGCUGGCACUGACAUGUGAGAGAAGAGACGAGGGCGCUCAUGACAUGAUGAGCCAGGGGAUCUAAGCCAGCGUCACCUUCACAACAGCUCCCUUACUUUAGCUGGCUGGAAUUUCCACCCAAAUCCACGAUGGUUUUGCAAGCUAAAGAACUAGAUAAUUCCUUAGGUUAGCAAGAAGAUGAAAGCAUUUUUGUUCUAUAUUUACCAAGUUGUGUUUUAUUAUUCACAGUUUACAUAUUGAAUCACCAAAGUGGUCGACAUGUAUCCACUAAGUAAUAUGGAAUUGGACCUGAAUAGAAGAAACUUUACAAAUACGGCUUUACUUUAGUAUUUGAGACUCUGGAUUUAGUCAUGCCUGUGUGUGAGCGUGGGUUAUGUGUAUGUGCGUGUGUCAAGGCCACAGGAGGAUGCCGGGUGUCCUGGUGUCUCACUCUCUGCCUUAUUUCCUUGAGACAGGAACCUGGUUGCUGCUGUCCGGCAUGCCCUCAGCCAUCCUCCAGUCUCUACCUCACAGCACUGGGGUUACAAGCACACAUGGCAUCUCUUGGGUUCUGGGAUCCAGACUCGGGGUGCCACACUUGCUCAGCAAGCACUCUUACCCACUGAGCCGUCUCGCUAGCCCAGGUUUAUUCGUAAAACACGAAAUAUUUACCGUCUUUUCAGAAUCUCCUAAUACUCAGUUUUUUCUAGAAUUCUACAUUGUAUUUAAAUUCAAUGUUUCUCACUGUAGAUGGCUAGAUAAUUAUUCAGAAACGUGGGUGUGUGACUCUUGGUUUGGUUUUGGUGUGGGAAACUCCGUCCAACUUACAUAGACUAAGCAGGAGCUGUACCCUAAGCUUAUUUAUUUACUAUUGUAAAUAACAGUGUUGCUCUGAUGCCCAGGCUGAAAUGAGUGUCUCAAGGACUGUGAGGGCAGCUGUAGUCUGCCUGUCCACAUGACUGAUUGCAAGUUAAAUUUAGUUACUUUAUAACAGUCUACCUCUGCUCUAAGAAAUGUCACCUGGUGGUGCUGGUCUGUGAUCCCAGGAGGAAAAGGUGCAGGCAGGUGUACCUUGAGUUUUAAGGCUAGCCUGAGCUACUUAGACUGUCAGGAGCCAUGACUCCAAGGGCCGGCUUUAAUAUUUAAAUCUCGGUAGAGAGAUGGCUUUUAGCAGGCCUUUACUAAUGGCAGAGAACUCGCAAGUUCAUCUCCUUUUGUUUGUGACAGCAGGUGGGGUAGCUUGUGGGGGUCACACCUCUUCCUCUACCUCCUUGUGCAAAUUAAACCAUUGUUCUGAGAUGUUUCUACUCUGGCUCAAUAAAGACAGGCCGACAGUUGCGGCAGGAGAAGGCUGGAGACGGAGGAGGCAGAGACUUGAGGCUUGCUGCUGGCACUGCUUGCUGCAGCAGCCUGCCUUUUGCCAUGGCUGUUGAGUCUGGACCUUUAAAAAGUUUCCUGUGUGCUGUGUGUUUAUUUUAUUAAUUUUAAUCCUCACGCCCAACUCAAGAACCGUUCGACUCUGCCCGGCUGGCCCCGGCAUUAGACCCUGUAAAAGAAGACAGGGCCUGGGGAUGUAGCUCAAGGGAGGCGUGUGCCCCUGGCAUGCACAAGGCUGGGCUCCAUCCUUAGCAUGGGGGAGAGGGGGAGGAAGAAGUAUGAGACGUGAAGAAUUUAAAAUUUUCAAAAGCUACAUGUAACAAUAGGUGAAAUUCAUCGUAACAGAAUUACUUAAGCUACUGUCCUGUCAGCCUUAAUUGUGAACACAGCCUACCCUGAGUCAUGAGAGAAGCAAUUGAGGGAUUGUCUAAUCGGUGGUUCUUGACCUUCUUAACACAUUGGCCUUUAAUACAGCUCCUCAGGUUGUGGGGACCCCCAACCAUAAAAUUAUUUCUGCUGCUAAUUCGUAACCAUGAUUUCGCUACUGUUACUAACCGUAAUGUAAAUGUCUGAUACACAGAGGGUUGGUGUGGAUUGUCGGACCUCUGAAAAGGGUUGCAACCAACAGGUUGAGAACCGCUGGUCUAGAUCAGGUUGGUCUGUAAGCAUACUUGUGAGGAAUCGUCUUGACUGUUGAUUGAUGUCUGAGGGCCUAACCCACUGUGGGCGGUGCCAUUCUUGAAGCCAGUGAUCCCUAGGCUAUGUUAAAACGCUGGCUAAGCAGAAGCCAGUGAGUGCGUCAGUGAGCAGGCCUGCAAGCCAAGUUCUCUCGUGGUUCUUGCCCUGACGUCCUGCCCUGACUUCCCUCAGUGAUGGAUCACGAUUUGAAAGUAAAAGCCAAAUAAACACGU